AUGGGUAGUCUGGAUAGAGGAGUGUUAACAGGAUUUAUAUGUCGUUUGUGCUCGGAAAUGCACCGUGUUGUUCUUCACAUUUACGGAGAGGAAGGAAUUCGAUUAUGUAUAUCUGAAAAAAUCAAUAGAUAUCUUUCAAUAAAUGUGUCUCGAUCAGAUCCACUACCCAAAACCAUUUGCAAGAAUUGCUUAGAGCGAUUAGAAAAUCAACAUAGAUUGGUGAUGCGCAUCGAACAUGCUGCAAAUAUGUUAAAAGGACAAAGACGUGCACGCGUUGGACGGGGAUGCUAUGUCAGCCUUUGUGAUAAUUCAAAUGGACCACCACAUCCACCUAUACCAAAA